AUGUCCUUUAAUUAUUCUUCAUUCUCAUUUGAGCCAACCACCCCUCCACAAUUCGCAUUCGAGGAGCCAUUGAUCACUGCUCCAUUCAAACUUGGUCAUUCUCGAUCAAGUUCACAAGUGUCAACCUACUCACAGGUUUCGUCGCCAUCUGAUUCUAUUAGCAUCGCAAGUACCCGGAUGACGACUCCUGCACGAUCACCAAUUAGACAGCAUGGUCCCUUGCUGUUACCUAAGAUUCGUCCGCAAGAUCAGGAUAUCAAUGCUUUCCCCUCAACUGGAACGCGAGUAACAAAAACUUCAAGAAAGAAUGCUGCUAUUCAUGCAUUCAAACCUUCUCAUAAUAGGAGCUACACGAAUCCCGAGACAGUCGUUUUUCACUCCGAUGUUUUCCCUUCCAGUUCCAGACCAAUGUCUACUCUUUGCUCACCAAUGCAUGCUGUUCAAUCCAUUGAAAGUCAACAACAUAGACGUUCCUCAAGUUCCAGUCUUGACGGUCAAACAUUGGGCAAAUAUGGAUUCCCAACUUACCGUCAAAUGCCAAAUUACAUCCAACAAUCUCCCAAUAUGUCAGUCAUGGAACCAUACUCACCACAACCACAUGAGCGAUACCCAACUCCUGCACGUGAGCCUUCUCCACUUGCUCAAAGCAUCAAUAUAAACGAUGUUACACCUUGCCAUCUCGACAACGGAACAACAACCAACCUCGCCACAUACCUCACCUCCCAAAACCCCGCUCCAGCCCUAGUUUGUCAACUCAACAUCCACGUCCGUGAUAGCAGCGCCAAACAUUUCUGGUGGGACGUCCGUCAAAUUCGACCCUGGACCUCUUUCAACGCCAAUACCAUCGCAUCCAUCCCCGGUUUCCACGAUCUCCUCAACGUAAGUCUCCCAACCAGCAUGUUCCACCAACCAACUCGCUCUUGCGCCAACCCGGAAACCGAAGCCGAACUCCAAAACAUCUACACUUCAUUCUACGCUACAAAAUGCAACCACGCUCUCUCCAUUUCCCAAGGAAAUCGUCAUCUCAUGAUGCGUUCCUCAUCCUCUGGACAAAAAUCCGGAGAUCCAUCCUUCAUCUCCAAUUACACGGAUGAUAAUUCUCAACUCAUUUAUGGACGUGGUCUCGGUCGAGUAGUUGGCCUUGUCAAAUCUUUCGAUCGUUGGAACACCGGGAUGCGCGUUGAGGGUAAUCAUCGCAAAGUGGAGUAUCUCCGCGGUUUAGCGCAUCUCCACAAAUGCAUGCGAGAACACAACUGCCGCUACGGAUUCAUCAUGACAGAAAUAGAACUCGUCGUCGUCCGCAACGGCUCGGAAUUAAUUCCUCAUUUUGGAUAUCUAGAAGUUCAAACGAUUCAAUUGGCUGCUCAUGAUAAUCCCCACACGUCAACGUAUUCCGAGGUCGAGGGAUCAUUUGGUCGCGGCGAAAUCGGAGAGGAUUAUUCCUCGGGAAAAUGUCUAAAGAUGACGGCGUUGAUGGCGCUUUGGUAUUUGCAUAUGUUGGCCCGAGAUGAGAUUCUUCCGGGUCAAGUGGGGUGGAAGAGUGAGAUUGGGGCGCCGGCGGAGGGGACGCGGAGGAAAGUUUUGCCGAAGGAUGACUGGAUUCCGGAGCCGCAGUUAGCGGAGAAGAGGGAGGCGAAGAGGGGGAGAGGGUGGGUUUGGCCUGAGGAGAGUGUCGGUAGAAAGGAGUUGGGGAAGAGAGGUGUUAGGUAUUAG